AGAAAAAUUUUGAAACCGAAAAAAAAAAAAAAACCAACAAAUUUAAGCAGCUCUGAAGACUUUGGCCGCACCCUAAAUUUCAUGGUCCAAGUACUAGCCACUCACCAAAGCUGUGAUUGACACAGAUCGUCUCCGUCACUCCUCUCCUUCAAAGCCAUUGCCACCGCAUUGUUCAUCUCCUCUAUUCACUUCUUCUCCGUCUUUCCUAGCCUUUUUUCAAGUUCUUUACUUUACUGCGUUUUCAAGAAAACGUGGUUUGCAAUAAAGCUACAUUCUCUACCCACUUGAGGAAUAAAGAAGUGGGUUUUCUUUAGGAACUUUUGUGAGGGUUUUAAGCGAGGCCUUUAGGCUGAAGCGUUCUUCUGAGGCAUUUCGUCGAGCACUUGGUGCGCAUUGGGUUUCGAACCUUUUUCUUGAAGAAGGUUGAAAAAGAUUGAAGCUUUUCUUGGAACAACAGGAGAAAGAAAGCCCGGCAAAAUGGGUGGUUUUGAAAACCCUUAUACCUCUUCUGUUUCUUCAACAAUGGCAGCUUUGCAAAAACGAAUCAUUGGUAGAAGAUCAAAACCCCUAAAUGCUACUGUCUCAACCCAAGAGUUCAACUCCUUUCACACCAUUGACCGCAAGCUCUUCACCCGAUUGGUGUUCAGUCUGGGCCGUGACCCGACCGAGUCGGCCCAAGUCAUGGCUUUGUGGAUGUGGCUGGAGCACAAUGGCAACGAGUUUAACUUGGUCUACAAGGCACUGAUGACUCUACCCAAUACCCUUCUCAAUGCUAUGGCUGAUGAGUCGGUUUCGGCCUUGAAUUGCAUUCAGAGCAAUGUGUUUCCUUUCUCUGAUUCAGGCAUUACUCCUGACAUUCCUAUGCUGCAAGCCAUGAGCAACAGUGGUGUCACACUCAGAUUCUUUCAUGAAAGCCGCGGCGAAAUUGCGAGUGGAGUCAUCACAUUGCUUAAAGAUGUUUGCUUGAGAGUGUUUGGGGACUUGUUGUUUCAACCCCACCUGGAGAAAAAGGGUGGUGACGGUUUGUACAAUCCAGUAAUGGGUGAUAUUGCUCAGGGCAAUGUGCAGUGGGGUAAUGAUAUUCCAUUAUAUUGGCACCCACAAAUGAAUAGUGCUAAUCUUUACUAUUUGCGUGGAGGUUUUGAUCCUCAUAAGCUUGCAGUUCAGCGCCAGAAUUUGAAUGAGGAAAUGGAGGAGGUUUUGAGCCGUUUGAAUUUGAAUGAUCAUCAAGAUCAAGAAGUAUUCCCUCAAGAUAGGACUAUUUUCCUAACAUUUUCUAGAGGGUUUCCAAUUGCAGAAAAUAAGCUCAGAGAGUUCUUCACUAGGAGAUUUGGGGAGAUUAUUGAUGUAAUCUGUAUGCAAGAAGCUAAGGAACCUCUGUAUGCCCGGCUUGUGCUACAAUCUGCUUCCUCCAUUCCGGUGGUUCUUGGUGGGAAAAGCAUGGUCCAAUUCUGCAUUGAUGGCAGGCAUGUUCGGGCGAGGAAAUUUGUGCUCAGGCAUGCUUGCGCUGGGCAAAGGAGAGACUGAGAAGGAGACACCCCCUUAAAUUAUUGAAGGAACGUAUUUGGAUGCUUUACUGCAGAAGCUCUCUGGUUUUGUGAGCCAGGAUCUUAUUGAGGAUUGGACUGUAAUUAUACCCCUGUUCCCCUCGCUAUUCAUACAUGGUUGCCUCACUGUCAACUUGUAUGAAUGUUGCCUCUACCAUGCUCCUGGAUAUGCCGGAGUAGGAGAUCAACUUCUAAGAUUAUAAAAGGUCUGCCAUUCAGAAGUACGCCACACUACUUGAUAGCUGUAAUAAAACUUAAGGAAGAUGAACGUAGUGUCUCCACUGAUGAAACCAAUAAUGGAAGCACUUGGACACCUUCAAGGAGUAUCACCUCAAACAAAACUGUCAGUGAAUGGACAGUAGUGUUACAGUGGUGCUAUUGAUGCAGAUAGAGGCCGAGAAUAGUUGAAGCCUGGAUGGAGUGCCAGAAAAGGACAACCCUGUUUGUUUGCUUGGCUCAACUCAAACUAUAUCACGAACCUGUGUUUACUCUGAGAAUCUCGAUCUUGUAGCAUUGGUUGCUGAUUUGAUGCUGAUGCCCUGUCAAUGACGCUUGUAGCAACUGACAUCCCCUGGAAUGCUUUUCAGCUCAUCUAUGCCAUCCUUAUUGUUUUUCUUAAUUUGUUUUUUUGGUCAUGCUUGUUUUUCUUA